AUGCAGGAUGCCGAUAUCCCCCUCUAUCUACACGCAGAAUUUCUACCAAACAUCCGCCAGAUAACUCUUUACGUGUCACUUCCCGAGACAACACAAUUUGACGGAAUUCGACCAGAUAUCCAACUUUCAGAAUCAAGAAAAGCAGUCACAGUCUCCCUACCAGAACCAUUUAAACAUGUCACAGAAACAAUCAAACUGCCCGCGCGCGUUAGCGCCGCAUCCCGGCGUGUGUUGGAAACACCCAUUGGGCCAGUACCGAAAUCGGAACCCAGUGAUACCAGGGAUCCCAGUCGCACCAGGAAUUCCAGUGGCAUCAGGGAUUCCAGUAGCACCAACUAUCCCGGUGGCACCAGGAACCCCAGCCAUGAUUAUUCCUUCCGCAUGCAGGUCGAUCCCAAUGACGAGGCGCUGGCGCCACGGGAUGAACUAAUUGAUGAAUUCACACCCUGGACAGCAGAUGAAAUGUCGUCUUCGACUCGUAUUCGUUGUCGAGAGUGUGAACAGGUUUUUCUUGAUCCCUCGCUAAUAUCCGAGUCGGUUAAUCAGGGAACUACCCCGGGGUGGAUCUGGAAAGACCUUCCAAGUGGGAACUGGGCUGAAAUGAUGGAUUUCUGGCAUUGCCACAAACCUGACCCCCAUGCAGAUCACGAGAAAGAGGAGAAAGACACUGCGCUCGAGAUUGAGGACCAAACCGCACAGACUAAAGGGUAUGGUGCGGAUAGCCACGUUGUGGCUGUUUCCGGGACGGUCUUUGUUGAUGUUGCUACUUUCCUCCUUGCUGAAACAGACUGCAUAGGAUUGAGAAAGAACCGGGCAACUUAG